GUCGUUGGUGAUGCUGGACAAAACGGCGAAGAACAGAAAGUAGGUGACCAUGUGAUCCAGAAGAGAGAAGUUCAGGUCGCUGGCAAUAGCAAGCAGAAUGGAGACGAACAGAACAUAGAUGACCAUAUAAUCCAGAAGCGAGAUGUUCAGGUCGCUGGCAAUAGCAAGCAGAAUGGAGACGAACAGAACAUAGAUGACCAUAUAAUCCAGAAGCGAGAUGUUCAGGAAGUGGAGGGCAGGGCCAAGCAGGACAGCAAAAUUCAGGAGGCCUACAGCCGCAAGGGUAACUACGCCAUUCAGGGCAAGAACUUCCAAAAGGUCGUGGCCAGUGAUGAAGGAGGCCCCAUUAUACAGCUCCAUCAAGAUGCAAAGACAGCUGGCUGCAAAGGCGGUAUGAACUGCGAUAAACCAAUGGACGAGGAGGAGAAAGAAUAAAGAGUCCUUUUUUCAAAAGCAUUAAAAACAAACACUGAUAAGAAUCAUUAUUAUGGUUUUGUUUUAAACUGCUUUUGUAAGAUAAUACAUGGUGUUGCUGUUUUUAAUUUUUUUAUUUCUUUCUUUUCGGCAGAUUACUGAUUUUUCUGAUUUGUUUUCUGUAUCAGUCUGAUAGCUAGGAAUUCUUUAUCAGAAUUAUGACUUUUGCAAUCUAAAUAUGUAAUCAACUAAAUGAGUUCUUCACUGAAAGGAAUUAUAAAGAUUUUCAACAAACAUUCGAUUGAGGAAUUGUAGUCCAAGUUUUUGUACAACUAGAUAGAAUACGCUUUCAGUUUUGAUAGUGUAAUAAAUGUUUUGACGAUUAACAAAACCCACCAUUGGAAUAAACAAGAGAAAUAAGG